GGACGAGCUGUGCAACGGAUUGUGUCCAUGAUGGACGAGCAAAUGUGUGUGCCUGUGACAGACUCUGCGUCGUAGGGUUAGGGUUGUACAGGGGUUUUGCGCUUAGAGUCUGGUGCUCAGCGACGAGGACGGGGAGAGUGUCGAUCGAGAGGUGAAUCGGCUUAUCGAUUCAAUCGCAGCGUAUUGGAUCCGACCGGGACAAUUAUGGCAUCACGAGUCGCAAGAGUUGUGAGCAAAUUAUGGACGCACACUUCGGCAGCUCGGACGUCCACUCCCGCCAGUAGUAGUGCAGCUUCUCUGGCCGGAGGUCGAUCAAUUCCGCGCUUUUCCCCUCCCUCUGCGGCUCCUCAGCAGACGAUUUUUGGUAGCCGACGAUCUCCACAAUUUUCCGCGUCAGGUGAUGUUAGAUGUAUUUUCUCCAUGAUCCCGAGACAUAACGUGACAGCGACAGCUCGCUUAGUUUCAAAACUUUCUGGCGAUCUCUGCCCCGAGCUUGAAGGAAGGCUAGCCAGAUACGUAAGCCCUAUCUGAACGGAGAACCGACAAGAAAACAUCAACUUGCUUGUACAACAAGAUACAAUGGUCGUUGUGUUCACACCAUGAGUAGACCCGUAUGGUCGUGCAUUUUUUUCGAAGACAAGGGCCCUACUGGUCAUCCAGAACCAGUUGAUAUAGAAUUGACUCAUUUCGUCCUAUGCCAACAGAUCCUCAUGAGACAGUACAGAAAUGUUGGAAAGAUAGAGACGUUGUUUCCCGAGUCGCCGUCUAGCACAGAAAGGUUGUAUUCUUGACAUCAUUUAUUCCUCGUUAGUCCGAGUGACUACAGGGUUUCUUGAAUCGUGUGCCUCACAAGUCAAAUCUGUGCAAAAUAUUCUCGAGGUUCUUCGAAUACUUUUUUGACCGGCAUUGUUUACUACUCCAGUCUCUGUCGUCUACCACCUCGUCUGGUCUGAAGAUGAAGUUUGUCAAUCGAGAUCACGACCUGGUAAAAACUGUGGGUGUUCAGCACUAGCAUGUAAUGUAUAAUAACCGCGCUGCAGAAAACACAAGUGUGCCUGCCUGCGUCAGAGCUAGUCUCCGCAGGUCCUUCAUCUUCUGACCCGUGCUGCUGAUGUCUCACAUGGGGAGGAAGAUGGCAGGCACGGGCCAGCACCUUCUAGAUCAUAAUUCGCGAACAUGACCACUUCCGCGAUUUCUUCCUUCCUUCUCUCUGGAGUUCGGUCAACAUGAUGUGCGUAUUGGCUUGCCGAUGCUUCAGGAAGCUUCCGUGUCCUUUGCUUGACCAACUGCCCUGCGAAGAGCGUCUAGCUUUUCACACAAGCCUUCAAAGCGCACUCGAUGUACCUUCAUCGGACCGGGGACUACAUCCCUUCUUUCCUCCAGCGUAGGCCGAGCUCCGAUGCCAAAUUCUAUGGGUUUCGAAAAAGCCAUCGCGUUGACAGGUCGCCUUCAGGUCGCCAGUGUUCUCUAGAUUCGAUCGUGCCUGCAAAGUAAUGCAAGCGAUGGCCGUGAUGGAGCCCAUACACACUCAAGAGGCGAGGGGUCCGUCCGCAGCAGCCAUUGGAGGAGUGACAAGCGGGCAUGUCGUAAUGUACGAAUACAUUACAACGAGGCGAAGCUUAAGAUUGAAGCCGCUGCCCCGUCGCGUUGAAGUCAGCGGCCGGGCAGUCGUGGGGCAGGAAGCUUCAUUGAAGACGUGAUGGGGGAGCACGGAAUCUGGAGAAAUGAAGCGAGUGAGUGAGUGAGUGUGAGUGCAGGGCAGCGCAGAGCAGAGUAGGGAAGCUCAGGGAAGAGCAGGGAAGUUCAGGUGCGCGACCAAGUCUUCGAAGCAUGGCAGUCAAGAGGGGGGGGGGGAGUGCCGUAGGAGUAGUGUCGGGUCAGGCAGGCAAAGAGUAUGUUGAGGGAAACUUGGGAGACACUCGGAGGUGCCAAUCAUUACCCGGAAGCUGUCUUCCUCACGGGCUUAUCUCAGAUUCGGCCAUAACGUCAAGCGCAGCCCGGGGUUGUCAAGUACGCGUUCUUUUCCGCUUUGGAUUCAUCGAAAAGCAAAGCUUCCAAAACUGUCACUCCGAGACGAGGACGAGGAGGAAAAGGACAGGAUCUCCCCGUCCCUCCCACUCCC